AUGUCUUCCUCUCUACAUCCUACCGACCUGCCCGCACCGCACCUCCGAAAGCCGCUCGAUAGCCAAACCGGCGCUGGCGGUGAUAUGUCCGUGAUGCUUUUCGUCCAAACCGACUGCCCCGCCAGGUUUGCCCACCUGGACGAACACCGCAUCAAGGGACUUAACGCCGAAGCCAUGGCCCGCGUCUUGCUGCCUCCGCCCGCGUGGCUGCUCACAGCGGAAUAUGCGCCCCUGCGGUCGGGUGCCGACAAUUCCCCAACCUCCGUCUUCUUUAGCCUUAACCUCUCGAUUUACGGCCAGUCCAUUCUUGACACCGACUGGACCGAGCAGUGGUUCUUUAUGAACGGCCGCGUCCACCCCUACGCCCUUGCGUGGGAGGUCGAACAGCGCGACGGCCUGGAGUCUGACACGGGCGGCACCGUUCUCUAUACCAUGCCCGCCCUCGUCGUCCGCGACCAGGGCUACCAGCCCGUUCUUCCUAGGCUCUUUGCCUCUAUGGACGACUUCCCCCACGUCCCGCCUGUUGUUUCCUUCACCGGCCUCGUCGUCGGCACCGGCCACUCCCUGCUGCGGAGGGACCUGCUGCCAGGCCUAGACACCGCCCAACUUAGAUGUUGCGGCUUCGUCCUCCUAUCUACCUACGUCGCCCCGGGGAACCCGGAUAAGAUCCCCUUUAAGGGCUUCCACCCCUUCCAGGCCUUCGUCAUCUUCCCUAUUCACGCCAACCCCUGGGCCGUCCUAUGCAAGGUCGCUGGCCUGCUGGACCACGGCGUCAUGGUUCACCCGCCGGGCUCUGACCUCGUCCACCUCUAUGGCUGCGAUGACACCGCUACCCUCUACGCCACCAAAACGACAACAGUCCUCCGCUUCUGCCGCUUUUCAUAA